UUAUAGGUUAUGUUCAUUGUUAAAAAGGUUGAUGAUGGCAAAAUCUGCUCAUGUAUUUUAGUACUCUUGCAAAAAAUCAAUUAUUCCCUUUGAAAAAAAUUAAUGUCACGUGAAAUUAUUACAAAUUGAAGAGAAAAUAAGUAAAAUUUAGAUUGGUCUAGUGCUGUCUAUAAUAUUCUUUUAGUUCAGUUUUUAUUUUACUAUCCGAGGGUUUAGUGUUAUCCCAGUGCGACGAAACACACACACAAGGCGAGGCUAUUUCCGUGUUUUCUGUGUUUAUUAAUUCGUAAUGUGAAUAUUGUAAAUCCUGUAAAUUAAAAAUAGAAAAAUCUUAUCAUAAUGUCGAGAAAAAAUUACUUUAUCGGUUCCUUAUGGUUCCUUUUGACAUUGAGCAUUGCCACCGCAAGGAUACACAAAUUGGAAAUAAGGAACGAUAAUCGACGAUUUAUUUCGUUGAGUACUUUUGGAUUUUACCUGGGAGGUGUUUUAAGUGUGAAUUUGACGAAUUUCAAGGCCAGUCCCUACAAUGAGAAUCAUGUGUUUGGCUUCACCUUGGACCGAACGACAAGUGAUGCAAUGAAUCCUUAUCUUGAAAGUCAUCAGGAGAAAUGUCUAUUGCAAGGAUCAUCGAAUCCAAAAUCGGAAUGGGAUAAAAAGGACGACAGUGAAGUUAUAUACUUCACGAUGGAUUUAAAAAAUAACACAAUGAGAGUCAAUUGCAGUCUUAGUGUUAAUACAGUUCACAUUUACAAAGAUGAGAGCAUGAUGCCAGCUGUUCGAGCCAAGAGAGGUUCUCUAUCAACUCCAUUCAGUGAUAGCGCUCUCAUUUCACGUCGUAAACGCAACACUUCCGGUUUUGAACUGGGAAAAUCAGCUGAAAAUGGUGAGAAAAAUUUGGAAACGAAUGUGUGCUCCCGCCUUCAAUUGCCAAUGACGGUUGAUGUGAAAAAUGGAGAAAAAUACUACAACACGAGCUUUUUCAUGAAAGUUUAUACGAAACAAGAGGAAGGACUUUAUAAUUUUUAUUUCCAUAGUUGUCCUAAUUACAAAAAUGAUGAUGUAUUUGUCGAUUUUACUAUGCACAUUAGAGAGAGCAACCACGAUAAUUAUCUGAGCGCUGGCGAAAUGCCAUUACCUGCAUUAUACUUCAUGAUGGCACUUCUCUUUUUUCUCUCCGGAUGUUUUUGGGUCUUUAUUCUAAAGAAGAGCAAGCAUCAAGUUUUCAAGAUACAUUAUCUUAUGGCAAUUCUGGUCUAUCUUAAGUCACUGUCGCUUCUGUUUCAUGGAAUUAAUUAUCAUUUUAUCCAAACUAAGGGAGAACAUGUUGCAGCCUGGGCUAUUCUCUACUAUAUAGCGCAUUUGUUGAAAGGAGCUGUUCUAUUCAUAACUAUUGUACUAAUUGGAACUGGUUGGACAUUCAUUAAACACAUUUUAGCCGAUAAGGAUAAGAAAGUAUUUAUGAUUGUUAUACCACUUCAGGUUUUAGCAAACGUGGCGGAAAUUAUAAUUGAGGAGAGUGAAGAGGGUGAUAUAGAGCAUAAAACUUGGAGGGACGUUUUCAUAUUGGUCGAUUUACUUUGCUGUGGUGCGAUAAUGUUCCCAGUUGUCUGGAGCAUUCGACAUCUUCAAGAAGCCUCUCACACUGUCGGCAAGGCUGCUAUUAAUUUACGAAAACUCAAGCUUUUUCGGCACUUCUACAUUAUCAUAGUUUGUUACAUUUACAUCACUAGGAUUAUAGUGUACUUAAUGAAGAUUACUGUUCCAUUCCAAUAUGAAUGGUUGGAUGAAAUGUUUCGAGAGAUGGCAACUUAUGUUUUCUUCGUGUUGACCGGUUAUAAAUUCCGGCCAGCUUCCGCAAAUCCAUAUUUCACGUUGAACGAUGAACUAAUACAGGGAGAUGACGAUGAUGAAAUGGACGUAGUUCUAUUUUCCAGCGUGACGGGUGGUAGUGGAUUGACCGAGGGACUCAGUAAAGUGAGCAAGGUGAUAAGGCCCACGACAUCUCAAGUGCCAUCGACACAAGAGGAAAGGGACAGUCUCGUUGCUAGAAUGGAGUCGUCGCACGAAUACGAUUGAAUAGAUUGAAAAUUAAAAUUCAAUUCGCCAAAAUCCGAGAAUCCUGUGACUGAUGACGCACUACGAACAAAAAGAAAGGACAGCAUGAAAUGAAUCUACAUUGUUGAGGAAACGACAAAAUUAUAAGGUUGACUGUUCUUUUUUUCUUUUUGUAAAUUUUUUUUUUUGCGAAGAGACUUCUUUCUGCUUAUUUAGUAACAUUCCAUCCGAGCCGAUAAGAAAGUUUCUUUGAUAAAAAAAAAAUACUUAAACUAUAUUCUUAAAAUUUAUUUUCUGAAAAUAUUUUUAUGAAUAUAUUUAAUUUUUUUUGCGAUUUACUUAAAAACUCCAAAUUCACAAAAAAAUAGCGUCGAAUCGAAAUUAUCUUUUAGUUUAUGAGAAUUUUGUUUUCUUAUUUUAUUUAUAAUUUCAAGUGGGAUUAAAUUUCACUUUAACGAAAGGUUGGACAGUAUUUUAUUUCUCAUUUUCUUUUCUAAUUAUCAUUUCGCGUCAUUAUUCUCAUUCCAUGUACUUGUAAAUUUUUGCAUUGCAGUCAACUUAAUCGAAGUGUCGCGACUAUAAUAUAAAUUAAUUAAAAUAAAUUUAAAAAGAAAAUGAUUAUUUUGCCGUGAUAACUUUAAAAAUAUUGCUAUAUAUAUAUUAUAAGAAAAAGGAAGAAGUAGAAUGAAUGUGUAAAAAUGAAUGUUUUUGCUAUAAUAGAAGAUGAUGAUAUAAGCUUAUAAUCAUUUUUAUAUGGAAUUUAGAAUAAUACUGUUAAGUAUCUGAUUAUGAAAAUUUGUAUCGACCUUGAAAAUAAUUGUGAUUUUGGAAAAGAAAUUUAUCUCGAGUGAAUUUACAUGAGGUGUGUGGGUGGGUGUGUUUUUUUUUCCAUGCGCGAGUUAAGAGUAAAAUUAAAAAAAAAAUUGUCAUUUUCAUUUUUUGAAAAUGUAGAAAAAGCUUUUGUAGGUAUUUAAAAUGCGACAAACAAAGAUCUUCGUCAAUUUACUUAAAAUAUCUCCCCGAAAAAAGUGAAAAUUUUUAUUUUAUUUUCUUUACUUUCCGUUCUUUUUUGGUAAAGAAGUUUCUUCUUUGUAAUUUAUAUAAAUUUAUGUAAAUGUAAAUGUAAAUUUCAAAAUUGUGCGAGUUUAUUUACAUUUUUUAAAAUUGUAUUAAUUUAUUUAAAUUUUUCAAAAUUGUGAGAAUUUAUUUACAUUUUUCAAAAUUAUGAACAUUUAUUUACAUUUUUCAAAAUUAUGUACAUUUAUUUACAUAAAAAAAAUAUGUAAAUUUAUAUAAAUGCAAAGAAUUUCUAAAUUUUUGUCCUCAUUUUUUUGAACGACGCCGAAGAGCACAAAUUUUGAAUAGUUUAAAAUUAUGUAGGUAAUUAGUUAAAAUUAAUUGACUAAUUAAUAUAAUUAUUAAUAAAUAAAAAUGUUAGUUAAUAAAA